CGACGUUGCCAGUAACCGCUCUAUUACCGCGGUGAUUUGUAACCCACCUCUAUGAGCUGGUUAGACGCUGGUUACCACACGGACUACUGACCAACAUGGCGGACGUACUUUUUUUUAGACACAGACGACAGCGACGAUUUCGACGAAUUGACUUACAAACGAAUGGACUUGAUGACGACGAACUGCGCCGAAGGUAUAGGUUUUCUGCCCAGAGCCUUGACCGACUUGUCGACCUCUUGGACCCUAUUUUACGACGACAGACGCGACGAAACAGGUCUCUGUCAACACGGCAGCAGAUACUUAUAACUCUUCGAUUCUUGGCUACUGGGAAUUUUCUUCAGGUUAUCGGCGACACCUUCGGCGUUGACAUAGCUACUGUUUCUCGGGUUAUCACCGCUGUCGUUGACGCUAUUUUCGGACUGAAGGACCGUUUCAUUAAAUUUCCAACCAGCGACGAAGACCGACGCCGAGCGACUAAUGACUUCUUCCGGGUUCGGGGAUUCCCUUCUGUCAUUGGUUGUAUAGACGGAACCCACAUCCGUCUUCUAUCACCCGGGCAGCCCGACGAAGCAGCGUACGUCAACAGGAAACACUAUCACUCGAUCAACGUACAGGCAACUUGUGACAGAGACGGGAAUUUUACAAGCAUGAAUGCCUGCUGGCCAGGAAGCUGCCAUGAUGCCAACGUUUUCAGGAUGUCCAACCUUGGCAGACAUUUAGAUGCAAAUCAUCAAUAUCCUGGACGUGGUUGGCUGUUGGGAGACAGUGGCUAUCCCUGUCGACCAUUCCUAAUGACACCCAUAUUGCAUCCAAGAAAUGAAGCCGAAGAACGGUACAACCAAGCACACAUAAGCACGCGAAACAUUAUAGAGAGGUGCUUUGGUGUAUGGAAGAGGACCUUCCAUAUAUUGCAUGUGAAGAUUUGAAUGAAGCCUGCAAAGGUGACGCGGAUAGUGUUGGCGUGCGCUGUGCUGCACAACAUGAGACGGAUGUGGGGGGAACCGAACCCGGAUGUUCAAGACGACCUUGACGAACAACCGGACGUACAGAACUUUGACAGACCAAUGGACGGACGUGGUGUUAGGAAUAGACUGAUUGAACAGUAUUUUGUAUGAUGUUUAAGUGUUUUUUCCACUAUGUUUUUCAUGUUGAAUGUAACAGUGCUACAUUGAUAAUAAUUUCAUUCUUCUUGUUAUCUCCCUGCAACCCGAAGGCGGAGGGAUAUAGUUUUAGCGUUGUUCGUCUGUCUGUCUGUCAUAAACUUGUCAGGCGUGGGUGUAUACCAUGAACAAGAACCAUAACCCUUUACGUUCUAAAAUAAAGAGUUAUUGCCCUUUGUUGUUUAUAUGGUGUAACUUUUUAGGGCUAUAUCUAAGAUACGAUAAAAGAUUUCUACAUAAAAAAGACAUGAGUGUAUAGAUAUCAGUGUGGAGAAUUGCAAUGCAAUGUUAUUGCAAUUAUUUUCACUGAUAUCUAUAGCCCUGCACUGUGUUACUUUACAGUUACUGCCCUGUUCUUUAUUUGGCGCGUAUCGGCGGGUGAUAUCAAUUCAAGGAAUUUGCUUGUUUCAUUUAUGAAAUUUAUCUUAAAAAUUACUAAUUGUUAUUCUGAUUUCUUUUUUAAAAUAUCACAGGAAAUUUGCUGUUCUUGUUUACAUUGUAUUAACAUUUUUCCUCUGUGUUUAUUAAUUUAAUAAAGUAAUAGUGCAAUGUAUGUGUACUUCAAGCUUUCGAUUGUAUAUAAACAGUAACAUCUUUGUAUAGGAAAAUGAAAUAUUUAUUGCAAUUAAAAUGGUGAAAAUGCAUGAACAUAUGAAGUAAAAUAAAUUAUAAUUG